CCCCUCUCCGCCCAAAACCCUAGCCUCACCCUUUCUCGCUCAAACUUCACAUCCCCGCCUAAACCCUCGCUUUUCUCGCUCCCCCUCCCCCUCCCGGUUUCGCUCAAAACCAUCGCCUUCCUCAACGACGGGAUCGCGGAUUACGUAGACCACCGAAACUUCCAUCUUUCUCAUCCUUACGCUCCACCGCUACCAGAAACCAUUGAGGAAGGAUUUAGCCUAAAUCUUGCUUGACGGCUACCGAGCUGCCCCUAAAAGAGCCUAAGUUCUCCCCUUGAACUUUUUUUUUCGAGGUGCAACCAUGAGACCUCCAAGAACUUCAGGCGGUGGGUUCAGGGGCCGGAGUGAUGGAGGCGGCGGUAGGGGCCGAGGAAGAGGUGGUGGAGGUAGAGGCGGAGGAGGUAGAGGCGAAGGAAGAGGCGGCGGGAGAGGCCGUGGAUUUGGCGGCGGCCGAGGAGCUGGCCGAGGUGGUACGAGGGGGAGAGGUGGCCGUGGGGGGAUGAAAGGCGGAAGCAAGGUCGUAGUGAUGCCUCAUCGACAUGAUGGUGUUUUCGUAGCGAAGGGAAAGGAAGACGCCCUCUGUACUAAGAACAUGGUUCCCGGUGAAUCCGUCUAUGGGGAGAAACGUGUUUCUGUUCAGACUGAGGACGGAACUAAGAUGGAGUACAGGGUGUGGAAUCCAUUUAGGUCGAAACUUGCAGCAGCGAUUCUUGGUGGUGUUGAUAAUAUUUGGAUCGCUCCUGGCUCUCGGGUUCUCUACCUUGGAGCUGCAUCAGGGACUACAGUAUCACAUGUUUCUGAUAUUGUUGGACCGACUGGUGUGGUCUAUGCUGUUGAAUUCUCGAAUAGAAGUGGUAGGGACCUCGUAAAUAUGGCGAAAAAACGCACGAAUGUUAUACCAAUAAUUGAAGAUGCCAGACAUCCUACUAGAUAUCGGAUGUUAGUUGGAAUGGUGGAUGUUAUUUUUUCUGAUGUUGCUCAGCCGGAUCAGGCAAGGAUAUUAGCUUUAAAUGCUUCAUUUUUCCUCAAAAAUGAGGGUCAUUUUGUCAUCUCAAUUAAGGCCAAUUGUAUCGACUCCACAGUGCCUGCUGAGGCAGUGUUUGCUCAGGAAGUGAAGAAACUUCAAGCCGAUCAGUUCAAACCCUUCGAGCAGGUUACUCUUGAGCCUUUUGAACGUGACCAUGCCUGUGUGGUUGGUGCUUACAGGGUGCCAAAGAAGAAGAAGCAUGUGGAAUCUUAAGAAUUAUUUGUGUGGAUUUAUUUCUAUUUUUAUCAUUCCUCUUUUUUUUUUGAAGUUUAGUGCCUGUUUAUUUGAAUUGUUGGUACCCAUUAUCGCUCAACUUAGUUGCAGUCUGUUGAAGAAUUAGAAGCCUUUUGAUUUUGUAAUGGUCACCGUUUAGUUUUUGUCCGGAUUAAUGUUCUUAUUUACUGUGAUCCAGUGCUUGCUAAAUAAUGUUGCUACUGUUAUAUUUGAGAUAAUCACAUGCAUAGAACUCAAAGCUUAGGUG